UCAAGCGCCUCGGGAUAAACACGAAGAAAAUUUUCAAGAAAGAGCCUAUUUCGAGUGCUUCCUAGGAAUCAAUAAUCAUCUCACUAACACACAGUCACAAUGCCCACCAUCAGACUACAGUCGUCGGACGGCGAAAUUUUCGACACCGAUGUACAGAUCGCGAAAUGUUCCGGGACCAUCAAAACGAUGCUGGAAGAUUUGGGUAUGGACGAGGGUGACGAUGAGGUCGUACCGCUGCCGAACGUAAACUCCGCCAUCUUGCGAAAGGUGCUACAGUGGGCCACCUUCCACAAGGAUGAUCCGAUUCCGGUCGAAGAUGACGACAGCAAAGAAAAGCGCACCGACGACAUUAGUUCGUGGGAUGCCGAUUUCCUGAAGGUGGACCAGGGUACCCUGUUCGAGCUGAUCCUGGCAGCGAACUAUUUGGACAUUAAGGGGCUGCUGGAUGUGACGUGCAAGACGGUGGCAAACAUGAUCAAGGGCAAAACCCCGGAAGAGAUUCGCAAGACGUUCAACAUCAAGAAUGACUUCACCCCGGCAGAGGAGGAACAGGUUCGCAAGGAGAAUGAGUGGUGUGAAGAGAAGUAGUGUAUUAGUUUUGUGCGCUGGUGGACACAUAUUUCGAGCUCGCAGGUCCUUCAAUUCGUCGUGUUUUAGGCUGGUGGGUUUCCUUGACGAAAUGUCCGGAAAGUGUUGGUUUCAGCCAACCGUAUGCUACGCUUAAUGCUCUCACCCAACAAUUUUUGUCAUUGCUUAAAAUUUUCUUUCAUUGAAUUUAUCCAUUAGUUCAAAAUUCCGUUCUUUCUUACUUGUUCCCUAGAACCGCAAACGGUCUUGAAUUAAUUUACUAUUUGAGCCACUCAAGAUACUGAGGCUAUUUGAGUUCAAGAUGCAGAAGGAUUAAUAAACGUGUUUCUAACAUAAACAA